AUGUGCAGCUGGAUAAUAAAUAGUGUUUUGAUAUUAUUUCUACAUUUUAAUCCAUUUAACACAUUAGGAUUGACAGAAACGAUUGAUGAAAUAGUGAUAGAGUUGUCUGACGGAGAUGAUACUGGUGCAGUUUCGGAAAGGUUUCAUAAUUUAGAAUUCGUAGAUAAACUAUCAAUAGGAGAACGAACAUUCUAUAAAUUUAAACUUAAAGACAAUGAUGGUGGACACUUACCAAGCACGUCUAGAUCUGCUGCUACUACUAUCAGAGCUCUUCAAACAGAUUCCAGCAUUGGAUAUGUCGGUCCUCAAAUCAGACGUCAUUUCUACAAGAAGACUUUAGACGAGGGAUGGGAGAAGCAGUGGCACUUGAAUGGACAAAUAUAUCCAUCAAUGAACGUUCACAAGGCAUGGGAAGCGGGUUAUACCGGGAACGACGUAGUAAUAGCAAUAGUGGACGAUGGAAUACAAACAAAUCACCCAGAUUUAAGAAAUAACGUGGAUACAGUAAAUGACUAUGACUAUAUUUCCUCUGAUUCAAAUCCUUUUCCUACAUUCUCUUCCGACAGCCAUGGUACACAAAUUGCAGGUUUGAUCGCUGCUGAGAGAGACAAUGGAGUAUGUGUGGUAGGCGUGGCAUAUAAUGCAUCAUUGGUUGGUACGUAUCCAUGUAUGUAG